UAUGUCACUACUUGUAAGCACUCGUAACUAGCUUCAGUUGGCUGAUUUCUUUCCAUGUUUGACGUCGUUGAAGUAACGAGCUAAAAUGGGACGCCGACCAGCUAGAUGCUACCGAUAUUGUAAGAACAAACCUUACCCCAAAUCAAGAUUUUGUAGAGGUGUGCCUGAUCCAAAAAUUCGUAUUUUUGAUCUUGGAAAGAAAAAAGCCUCUGUAGAAGAUUUUCCACUAUGUGUGCAUUUAGUAUCAGAUGAAUAUGAGCAGCUUAGUUCUGAAGCCCUGGAAGCAGGAAGAAUCUGUGCUAACAAGUAUAUGGUGAAGAAUGCUGGAAAAGAUCAAUUUCACAUUCGUAUGAGAUUACAUCCGUUCCAUGUUAUUCGUAUCAACAAAAUGUUAUCGUGUGCUGGUGCUGACAGAUUGCAAACAGGAAUGAGAGGAGCUUUUGGUAAACCACAAGGCACUGUAGCUAGAGUACACAUUGGACAACCUAUUAUGAGCGUUCGGUCAUCGGACCGUCAUAAGGCUGCUGUAGUUGAAGCAUUGCGUCGUGCUAAGUUUAAGUUCCCGGGUCGCCAGAAAAUUUAUGUUUCAAAGAAAUGGGGAUUCACGAAAUACGACCGUGCCGAAUACGAAGAACUGAAAGCGGCUGGCCGCCUUGCUCCAGAUGGUUGCAAUGUUAAAUAUUUACCUGAGCAUGGACCCCUUGAUGAAUGGAAGAAAUUCAGAAAACUUCUUGCUGCUGCUUAAGCAAAGAAUAAUGUUUUGAAAAUUAAUUUCAUUAAAUCAAUUAAAAAAAUAAAUACAUAUGUUAUUUAA